UAUUGGGAAAGCCAAAAUCCCCAAAUACGGAACUCUGUAAGAGAGAGAGAGAGAGAGAGAAAAGAAAAGCAGAGAGAGAAGACAGAGAAAUCCAUUUCUCAAACUUCUUCAAUGGCUAAGGACGAUUCUGCAAAAGCUCCACUUCAACGCCCCACUAUUACUCUGCCGCCCCGCCCUUCUAUGGAGGCUUUUUUCGCCGGCGGCCCAACUGGGGUUAGCCCUGGCCCUAUGACCCUUCUAUCCAGUUACUUCGCCGACGGUGCCGUUGACUCACCUUCCUUCUCCCAGCUUCUCGCCGGAGCUAUGGCUUCUCCGAUGGCUAUGGGGUUUUUCGGAACUGGCCCUACACCCAAUUAUUACGCCAAGGAUGGUGGCGCCUCGGAAUUGGAAUUUGGGAUGAAACAAUCGAAGCCGGUGAAUUUAGUGGUUGCUCGGUCUCCUUUGUUCUCGGUCCCGCCGGGGCUUAGUCCUUCUGGGCUGCUUAAUUCUCCGGGGUUUUAUCCUCCUCAGAGUCCAUUCGGAAUGUCGCACCAGCAGGCAUUGGCUCAGGUUACUGCUCAAGCGGCAUUGGCAAAUUCUCAUAUGCAUAUGCAGCAAGCUGAAUAUCAACAUUCUUCAGUACCAGCUCCUACAGAACCAUUGACACGUGAUCCAUCAUUUUCUCUUGAUGAGGCAUCUCAACUGGCCAUAUUACCCUCCACAUCAGACACAAAAAGUCUGAUUGCAGAAUCAACAGAAGUCUCUCAUUCUGAUAGAAAAUAUCAACCUCCUCCUCCUCCUCCCCAUGCCUCUGAUAAACCUGCAGAUGAUGGCUUUAACUGGCGUAAAUAUGGACAGAAGUUGGUUAAGGGCAGUGAAUAUCCACGAAGCUAUUACAAAUGCACUCAUUUGAAUUGCCCUGUAAAAAAGAAGAUUGAGCGCUCACCUGAUGGGCAAAUUACUGAAAUUAUUUACAAAGGCCAGCACAAUCAUGAACCUCCUCCAGCCAACAAACGUGCAAGAGAUAAUAGCGAACUGACUGGAUGUACAAAUUCUUUGAUGAAGCCCGAAUGUGGUUUGCAAAAUCAAGCUGGAAUUUUAAACAAGUCAAGUGAAAAUGUGCAAUUAGGGUCAAGUGACAGUGAAGAACGAGCUGAUGCAGAGAUAAUGGACGACAGAGAUGAAGAUGAGCCAAAUCCAAAGAGGCAGAAUGUUGAUGCAGGGACAUCUGGUGUUACCUUGUCACAUAAAACACUCACAGAACCAAAAAUCAUUGUUCAAACAAGAAGUGAGGUUGACCUGUUAGAUGACGGUUAUAGGUGGCGCAAGUAUGGGCAGAAAGUGGUGAAAGGAAAUCCUAACCCUAGGAGCUACUACAAAUGCACUAGUGCUGGGUGCAACGUACGAAAGCACGUCGAGAGAUCUUCAACAGACUCAAAAGCUGUUGUAACCACAUACGAAGGGAAACAUAACCACGAUGUUCCUGCAGCUAGAAACAGCAGCCACCACACAGUCAACAAUACUGUCCACCAGAUCAAACCACACAAAGUUGUAGCUCAGAAACAUCCAUUACUUAAAGAGAUGGACUUUGGAACUAAUGACCAGAGACCUGCUGUUUUGCGGCUUAAAGAAGAGCAAAUCACCGUGUAAAGUGCUACGACAAUACCUUUCGUGCAACCAGAAGGUCAGUCAGUAGUUGAUUUCAAAUGACUAACCGGUUACAAAAAGGGAAAAAAGGGGUGAAAGAAAAAAGAACUUGCCAGUCACAUAGAAUUCAAAUUUUAUAGUCCGUGUUUGUGUUUGAGUCAAAAGAGCUCCAUUUGCCUUAUGCCUAUAGCAAUUUACAUCCCAAAACUGUUUUCAAUGAUGCUGAUGCUAAGGGAGAUACAAGGAGGUCAGUCAUACUGAUAUUAUGUGAUCACAAAUAAUGUUAUUACUUCUGUUUAUCUCUGCUUCCUGAGGCCAUUUCACCAUUGCAGCUGAGGUGAAGAGUAUGAACUUCAUCCUACAAAGUAACAGGAAGUGGGGGUAACCUUCCCUGUAGUUUUAGAAACCUGUUGUGUAGUGUGACUUUCAAAAUUCAAACUAGACAUUGUUAUGUACUGUAUAAUCUCAUUGUUUUGUAGUACAUCAGUUUAUACCAAAACAUGAACUGUACAAAUUGUAGUUGUGUGUAUAAAGUUGAGAAUCUUUAUAUUGUUUUGUUGAUCAAGAUGGGUAGUUGAUACA